GCAAUCCAAUCUGGUUUUGGGAUAGGUGGAAAGCUCGGCUCUGUGUGCGUUUACGGCGUGGGCGUGGCCUAGCCUGGGUUUAGGCAGAUUGCACGGGCCGGACGCUGGCGCCAUGGAGGAGUACGCUCGGGAGCCCUGCCCAUGGCGAAUUGUCGAUGACUGCGGUGGAGCCUUCACUAUGGGUGUCAUCGGUGGUGGAGUCUUCCAGGCCAUCAAGGGCUUCAGAAAUGCCCCUGUCGGAAUUCAGCACCGAUUGAGAGGUAGUGUCAACGCUGUGAGGAUCCGAGCCCCCCAGAUUGGAGGUAGCUUUGCGGUGUGGGGGGGCCUGUUCUCCACCAUCGAUUGCGGCCUGGUGCGGCUGCGGGGCAAAGAAGAUCCCUGGAACUCUAUCACCAGUGGAGCGUUGACCGGGGCUGUGCUGGCUGCCCGCAGUGGCCCAUUGGCCAUGGUGGGCUCAGCAAUGAUGGGGGGCAUCCUGUUGGCGCUCAUCGAGGGUGUCGGCAUCCUCCUCACUCGCUACACUGCCCAGCAGUUCCGCAAUGCACCCCCGUUCCUGGAGGACCCCAGCCAGCUGCCCCCUAAGGAGAGUACCCAGGCCCCAGGCUACCCCAGCUAUCAGCAGUACCACUGAAGAAGUGACCGCCUGUCGCCACCAUCAUGGGAGCGCCUCCUAGGUUCCCUCCCCGAUGAUCUACCUCGAAGGGAGGGCUGGCUCCCACUUGGCCCUGGGACCCCCCGGAGAGGGCCUCUCUGCUCUCUCCGCUCCCUUGUCCCAGGGUGGGCGUGGGGCACCCCAGCUGCCCUGAUGGACGGGUCCCCUUCACUCAGGGCACCCCAGCCCCACAUUCAUAAUGUAACAAGCUCUCACCCCAGCCCCUUCCUUUGGCACCCUGAUGAGUAUUUAAAGCCAGUCUUGAAACGCC